CGAAGUGUCAGAUAAAUGAAGGAAAAAUUGCAGGUUAAAAUCCAUACAAAACGCACGCUGACGGGCUACGAUAUAUUUUACAAGAAAAAGCACUCCGGCACGUUGGAUAACCGCGAUAACGUCGUAUCGGUCCGAGCAAUCGUAAGUCUGCAGUGCCACAGAUCUCUGGGACCAGCCCGGCUGUGCACUCGGCACGAUUUGAGGAACUUUAUGGAUGUUAGCGAGGAUGCGAAAUUGAAGGGGAAUCCCUCGAAGGAGACGCUCAGCGAGGACUCGAAAAACUUGCACAAAAUAGUCGAAAACUCGUGCAAGCCUCUGAGACUCAUGUCGAACGGAACAGUUGCGACGGACGAGGGAAAAAGAGGCGAGGAAACUUACAAUUUCGGGCUGGAGCUGAGAUCGAUAUACCCGAAAAAGGGGAGGGACUCGAAUCACGGAAUCGGUGAAAAAUUUGGAGAAACUACGUUGAACAUAAAUCAUACGCUCGAAAAAAUGUUUGCUGCUAAAUCCGAGUUUCGACUAUUUUGAUGGAUCCAGCAUUCUCAAUAUUUAUUCAUUUUUUUAAUCUCGUCGAACAUAAAUGAGCCUGCAAAAUGUACGAGUAGAAAAAAUUCGUAAACGCUUCAUUAUCGUGCGAGGCUUCAACAGUUUCAACACAGUAAUUGCGCGGUUCAUUGAUAUAGAUUGGAGUUUGACGUAACAUAACUGCGCAGAUUCGCUUGAUAUUCGGUUUCAGAACAUUGGACCUUGGACAUUUGUACAGAGAGAAAUGUCAGCGAGAAUAAUUCGGGUGAACGUGCAUUUAACGGAGAUAAGAAUUUUGAACAAGACACGCUGAUUGGAUUAUCAUCGGGGGGCCUCGUCGCGAAAUGACAAAACAAAAAUCAAUCGAAUCGCUCGCGUUGAGUUUAUUAGUGCUUGCGGCUCGUUCAGCGCGCUGCUUCAAUUACUUCAACGUAACGAAACGUCCACGGCCCCUUAAUGUCAUCAAUCGUUUCACUUUACCUUGUGC